AUGCUGCGGCGCCUCGUCGGCGGAGCGGCCACCGUGCGUUCGCGGACGCCGGCGGCGUUCCGUCGGCUGCUUCACAACGGUGGAGGAGGUGGUGGAUGUAGCUCGGGGGAGCCGGAGAGCGUGGCGUACCGCAUGUCGAUGCUGCGGCGCCCCUCUUCCGUCAGGAAGAAGGGGCUCACCUGGAACUCGUGCAGCCUCAUCGGUCGCCUCGACGCACCGAUUUAUGUCAGUGAACUGAAUUAUGUUCUUGAUCAAAAUAAACCUCAGAAUGAUGCAGACUCAACAAGUCCACCAUCAAUGCCAUCUGUCACCCCUCAAAUGCAAAAAGAGAAUGAGUGUAUAGGCCGGUUUCGCUUGUGGCAGGUCUUCUUUGCCAACCCUUAUGAAUGGUGGGACAACCGACAAUCCAAACCAUGGCCCACCUACCCUGAUUUCAAGCACAAGGACACUCGUGAGAAAAUAUGGCUUCGUCCAGACGACCCUCCCUGGGUACGAAAGCAGCUUGAAUUACAUGACCUGGAAGUAGCAGAGAAUGGUCACAGGGGUAACAGUCGACUGUUAAAAAGUCAAAAUUGGAAAGCCCAAGAUUUUGACUACUCUGAUGAUGUACAGCAUUGUGCGGAAGCAUGA